AAGAGAAAGAUUGUUCUCACUGCUGCUUGCUGCUGCGAGCCCGACGCCAUCGAUGCGACCCUCAGCCAUGCAGCUCGCGCUGCUCUGCCUCGGCGCCUCGGCGCUGGUCCCGCCGACGCAACGGAGACCACCGACCGCGCUACGAGCGAAGGCCGAGGCCUUUGUCACAGAAAACGCCCCGGACCUCCUCAAGGAGAUCGUCAUGAAAAGAACAAGUUUGGGCGAGGACGCGCGGCGGAACAACGCGCGCACGGGCGGAUCUGUAAAACUAGAGCACGUGACGCUCGACAAGAUCGAUGGAAAUGGCCUCGCGUUCACGUGCUCCGUGAAAAGAAGAGCGGGCGGCUUCGGCGGGGGGUUUAGUACAGAAGACGAAACGACCACCGCGAAUUGGGGCGACUUACUAGAAUGCGGCUGGGAGGCGGACCAGUGCGAGGUCGAUCCCGACGGCGCGACGGCGCAAAGGAGAUUGAUGCAGGUCGCCUGUUCUCUGGGGUUGAAUGGGGAUGCCGCUAGGUUGCUCUCGACGGAAUUUCCGGGCGGGUUGGGCGACGCGGGCGCGCUCCCGGACAACCUGUGGUUGAACAACAUUCCCGCGUCGAAGGAAGCACGAAGUCACUUGGGAGAUGCGGUCUGCGACGCUGUCGUACAAGCGAUCCUCGAGGACGCGCCGACGCUCCAAGUCACGGUGAAGCCGCCCGAGCGCGGCCCUGCGUGGCAAUCAACCUGUGAGUCGGGAGCUUUUCGCGUCGAUGGCGUGAGCGCCGCGAAAUUUGAUUUCCACGCAGGCUCGACCCGGAGAUGGACACUUAUAGAAUAGGCACGUUACUGGAGCUCGCCCGCCACCUGGCUUUUAGGGUUAUCGAGGGCACGGGCCGAAAAGUGAGGAUAUGCGUGCAGGCGCCGAUGGGCGAGGGCAUCUUCAGCGGUCUACCUCUAUCGCUGAACGGCGUGCGCAAGCUCCUGGAGAUGAUGGACUGGGGGUCGCAAGGUGCCGAACUCCAGCAGAAGAAGUUCAUCCGGUUUGGCGCCGUGGGCAGCGAGUGGGUCGACGCCGACGACGAGGUCUUUGUGGUGCUCGCGCCGCAGUCCAUCGUGGGGAAUAGCAUCGUGCCCCUGCUGCAGGAGAUGGUCGAAGCCGCUAAGGGGAGGCCUGUGAUCUUGAUCAACGGUAGGAUGGGCGACGUCCAGUCGAGUGCGGGCGUCAUGUCGUAUCGGGGACGGGCCGAUCGCCUGGACUUUGUCGACGAGUUCCGGGAGUGCUUUCAUUUCUCGUUGGUGGUGCCUCCUGGUAGGACCUUCUUUCCUAUUUUGGGUGCCGUGUGCCGACCUUUUUUAGAUUGCCCGUACGCGCUGUAUCGGCGGCUCGAGUUAUGCACCGAGGAAAAUAGAAUAUUCGCGAACAGCGUCGAACGGGCGGCCGCGGCGAAGUCGGGCGACCUCGUCGAGAAGUACGAGCCCGUCGGCUGCUACGGGGAGAUGCCCACGGCGAAGGAACAAAAACUCGCGUACCGCGAGGCGGCGAAGGCCGAUUUAGCGGCGGGGCGCGUCGUGAGGGCGUAAUUUUUCCUAUGGAUAUU